GCGAAGGCGACAACGUCAUCAGUUGGGGGAAUCCUCUAGUGCAACUCCAUUUGUGAUGGAAGAAUAAUGUAAUGAUCCAAUUAGAGAUAUGGUUAUGGAUGCAAAUUUACACGAUAUGGAAUAUAAUAUGAAUGAACAAGCCAGUGAUGAGCCAAUCUUUGAGGAGGCAAUGGGAGAUGCAAAGGAAUUUUUUGAUCUUCUACAAGCUGCUGACAUGCCACUUUAUGAUGGAUGUGAUGAUGGUGAUACAAUACUAAAGUGGGUGUCUCAUUUUUUGAAUGCAAAGACAUUCUAUAAUAUGAGUGUGGCUAAUUGGGAUUAUAUGUUAAAAUGUACUAGAAGAUGGAUGAAGCCAGAGAAUCGGGAUAGAAUUCCAAAAGAUUUUUAUAGUGCUAAAAAGAUGAUGAAGCGCUUCAGUCUGGAUUAUAAGAAGUAUGAUGUUUGUGUUAAUAAUUGCUUCUUGUAUUAUGGUGAAUAUGAAAACAAAAACUACAUCGCCUGUCCAAUAUGUGGUGAACCUCGUUAUAAACAUGGACAUGUGCAACAAAAUCAACAUAUACCAAGGAAGUCAUUGUGGUAUCUCCCGAUUACACCUAGACUCAAAAGGUUGUACAUGUGUAGAAAAACUGCUGAACACAUGAUAUGGCACUUGAAUUGUGGUGGUGUAUCUGAAAAGAUUAUGCAUCUUGCCGGUGCUGAGGCAUGGAAACACUUCGAUCGCACUUACCCCGACUUUGCAUCAGAUCCAAGGAAUGUCAGGCUUGGAUUGUGCACAGAUGGGUUCACUUCAUUUGGGCAUACAUUCGCCCCGUAUUCAUGUCCUCAAAGUCCUGGAAAAAACAUUGAUGUUUUGCUACGGCCACUGAUUGAUGAAUUAAAGGAACUUUGGUAUAACGGGGUGAAGACAUAUGAUAGUUUUAGGCAUGAACAUUUCAUUAUGAGAGCAGCACUUAUGUGGACAAUUACUGACUUCCCUGGAUAUGUGAAUUGCUUACCUGGAUCAUGUAAGGGUGACAAAUCUGUUAACGUUGCCACCCAAAAGCCUACCAGAAAAAAUCAAUCUCAAGCAACUGGAUCUUCUAGUACUAUUGUCCAAGAGAGCCCGAUGGAGACACGUGAUAAUAGCAGUGACACUGAUUCAAGUGCAACCUCGCCUCCUCACCCAAAAAAGGGGCGAGGUAUUGCUAAACUGCAAAAAAUUCCAGAGGAUCCAUCCCAAAAGCUGAGCAUAGGAAACUGGAAUGGGAAAAAAUUACCUAAACAAGUUCGAAGGGAGAUUUCAAUCAUUCUUAAGUCCAAUAUGCGAGAUGCAUAUACAGGUUGGGGCUCAAUAUCGCGUGAGCACAAAGACGUAUAUUGGCAAGAUUUUUGGAAUAGAUAUGAGUGGGAGCCCGCUUAUGAGGAUGCUGUGCAUACCGCAUUUUUAAAAGUUUGUGAAAAGAGAUAUAAUCGGAUGAUGAUUGAUAUCCAAACUUCAUGUAGAAAAAAUAAUUUUACUGAAAAGAAAACCUACAUGUCUGAUGAGAUUUGGGAGAAGUUAAAAUACAAAUGGACGGAGGACCCUCAAUUCAAUGCGCGGAGAGAGCAAGCGAAGCUAAAUCGAGCCAAAGGCCCCAGGGAAAGAUUAAAUGCAGAGGCUGGUCUAAAAUAUGGAGAGGAUAGCACUACAUGGCCAACAACAGUCGAUGCCCAGCUUUUAUCCCAAGUUUCGGGUGGACCAUCAAAGGAUGGGCGAUUGUACGGCAUGCCUAUGUACAUGGACCCUGAAGAGCAAGGGGUGUCAUAUCGAAAGUAUCCUCGGCACAUUAUACCUAGUAAUUCUGUUCAAUCAUCCCAACAAGUGGUGCAGUUACAACAAACCGUAACAGUAUUACAUGAGAAUCAACAGACACUGGAAGAGAAGUUUGAAAGGAUGGAGAGAAUGCUUUUUAUGAUGCAGGGAGGGAUGCAGGGAUGGAUGCAAGGAGAAUGAGGGGCUGGGACAAGUGGGGGAGCAUAAUAGGCGUUGCUCUCAGUUGAUCUUUGUAUCAAAACAUCUUGUUCUAUUAUAUAUUUUAGGUAUGUACGAGAUUAAGGCAUUAAGAUUAAGUAAUUAGUAUGUUAGGUCAUAAAUUGUUUAAUUAUGG